GCGGGCCUUUGUUUCCCAGGGGCGGAGCUGAGGGCACCUGGGGGGCAGCUAGUUGGUCACAGGGUGGGGGCUGAGCCUGCAGCCCUGGGGGAAGGGCUGGGGGGAGUCAGGCACUGCCCCCCAGGCCACAGUGGGUGCAGAUGCUUCCCUCCCUGCCCCCAGGCGUGGGCUCAUCCAGCUCCGCGCUCUGGGACCUGCUGGGCAACGCCAUGGUCAUGACCCAGUUCAUCCGCCUGACACCUGACCAGCAGAGCCGGCAGGGCGCCGUCUGGAACCGCGUGCCCUGCUAUCUGCGGGACUGGGAGAUGCAGGUCCACUUCAAGAUCCAUGGCCAGGGCAAGAAGAACCUCAACGGCGAUGGGUUCGCCCUCUGGUACACCAAGGACCGCAUGCAGACAGGACCCGUCUUCGGGAGCAAGGAUAACUUCCUGGGGCUGGGCGUGUUUGUGGACACAUAUCCCAAUGAGGAGAAGCAGCAGGAGGCUCAGAAGAGGCGCUAUACCCCUGGAAAUCAGCGUGUGUUCCCCUACAUCUCUGCCAUGGUGAAUAAUGGGUCCCUGAGCUAUGACCACGACCACGAUGGACGCCCCACAGAGCUGGGUGGCUGCACUGCCAUGGUGCGCAACCUGGACCAUGACACCUUCCUUGUCAUCCGCUAUGUCAAGCGGCGCCUCACAGUCAUGAUAGACAUCGACGGAAAGCACGAGUGGCGAGACUGUGUUGACGUACCGGGCGUGCGCUUGCCACGAGGCUACUAUUUCGGCACCUCCUCUGUCACCGGGGACCUCUCAGAUAACCACGACAUUAUUUCACUGAAGCUCUACCAGCUCACAGUGGAGCGCACGCCCGAAGAGGAGAAGUGGGACCGUGAGGUCUUCCUGCCUGUCGUGGACAACAUGAAGCUCCCCGGCUUGGACGUGCCACUGGAGCCCAUGAGCGGCCUGGCCCUCUUCCUCAUCGUCUUCUUCUCCCUGGUGGCCGCUGUCUUUGCUGUUGUCAUUGGCAUCAUAGUCUACAACAAGUGGCAGGAGCAGAGCCGCAAGCACUUCUACUGAGCUGUGGCUGGCAUAGGGGCUUAAGUGCUGCCAGCGCACCUCUAGCCCCUGCACCAGAAUCCCAGUGCUCCUGGGUCUCUGCCUUGUGCCUGGAGCUGCUGCUUCCCCUGUCCCUGAGCGCCUGCCAUCAGUGCCUCGAACUUUGGCCCUAGGUCUAGGACAUGGCCAGGGCCCUCACAGUCGCACCAAGACCACCCCACCACCCUGGGUGCCAGGCCUAGCUCUGUGAACUACUGGGACCGAUAUGCUGCUGUCUGGGGGAGCUGCCUUGGCCUCCUGCCUUUGGGCACUGCUGUCAGAGCCUCACAGCUGCCCCCAAAGCCUGGCUCAGCAGCUCAUGCCUCAGUCAGUGCGCCAAGCGGAACAACGGGUGAUGCUACCUCAAGGCCUGGAGGGUCAGAGUCUGAAUGGAUGGAGACUCUCACCAUGGCCCCAGCUGCUGGAGAAGGGCCUAUCAGGGUGAGGGUGGGGAGCUGCCCCCACGUACAUCCAUGUGGCCUCCACUGUUCAUAGCCUUUAUGAGGUGGCGGCGGGGGAACCACAGCAGGGCAAUAGCGCAGCCCUCCUGGCAUCAGGCCUCUGUACAUGGCGGGGCUUGGGAGUAAACCAAC